GCCUGUCCAGCAACAAUGCAGAGCUGGAUAUAGCCAAGAUCAUUCUGAAGGCUGCCGAGAUGAGCGCGAGGCCUUUGCUGAUGACGAACAACACUAACUGGGCUGACAACCUGCCUCUGGUGCUGACUAACAUUGCCAACAGCCUUCCAGACAAUCUUCAUUUGGGUCCUUUCAAUAAAACCAUCCUCAGAAGUUUGGCCAAUGAAUCACAAGAAAACUUGAAUCUUCUGCUUCAGACUCUAAACAUAGCCUCUGAACUUCUCUUCACCAACUGGAUGAGUGACAACUUCAGUGUUUUACUGGACCAGCUGCAGACACAGGUUUGCAGUCUAGAGAAGAUGGACUCAGUGCAGCAGUUCAGCCAGGCUUUGUCUUUAGGCCCUGGCUUGCUAUGCCACACGGCUCUGCCCGCCAUCCGAGCACUUCAUCAAAUCUCCAACAACCUGGUGAACCAAAGCACUGGCGUCUAUGAACAGCUCUUCAAGACCUUAGUUGGAGACCCCACUACUUAUAACAUCAAAGUGGACUGGAGCUCUAUUCUCUCAAACAUUCUCGGUAUCAACAUCAGCACUUUGAGAAACGUUGAAGUCAACAUGACCUCUCAGAGUGUUGUGAAGGUGUCUGACUUGCUGAAGAACAAGACACUGUUUGUUUUGGAUGUCAUGCACUACACCGGCAUUUCUUCAGAGAUCCUAGACACUCUGCUGGAGUCCUCCUUGCCUAGCAGCAACCUGCAGCUCCUGGCUUGGCUAGCUAACUUGCGCUACUGCACUGACCCCUCCUCCCUGGACCUGGACCCCGCAGGAAAACAGAUCUUCACGGCUCUUUGUUCCUUGUCUUCUCGACAAUGCUACACCAUGGCUGUACUUCUGGCUCGGCACAUCGACAUGGAGAAUGCCAUAUACAGGAUGCUGCUUUCCAGUGAAAUCCAGGGCAUGAUGGGCAUCCUGAUGCAGAUGUUGAAAUUCUUUACGGACAUUAUGAGCAAGCUGGCCCCUGCCCUGAACCGGCUGCAGGAAUAUCUGACCAGCUUUGGUGACCUGAACUUGAUGGCAAACUCUGAGUUCCGAAAUUUGGUGAGGGCGAAGCGAUCAACGAUCUCUAGCAGGGCCACAUUUGUCACCAUCUCCCGUGCCAUGUGUAAAAACGGCAUACUGUCACUCUUUGGCAUCUCCAAGUUGCCCAACUUGGCCGAGUCCGACCCUUCUUUCGGUGACCAGAAAAGGGUGGAUGAGCUCAUCACCAAGUUCAAAAUCCCACGAGAUGCCACUCCUUUCUGCACCAACUUCUACCUGGAUAUGGUGAGCACCACAGGGGGCGCUGUAGCCUGGGCCUUCUUGAAGCCGAUGCUGCUGGGAAGGGUGCUGUACUCCCCUGACACGCCCCUGACCAGAGCCAUCAUCAAGAAGGCGAAUUCCACACUGCAGCAGUUUGGUGACCUGCGUGUGUACUCUGAGGAAUGGCUACAGUCAUCUUCCUAUCUAAUGCAGUCAGCACAAGUCCUGAAUAAAACCCUGCCCAUGCUCCAGAACUCCCUCCGUAAUCCUUUUGUCCAAAACUUCAUAAAGAAGCAGACCGACAUUGACGUCACACAGAUGCAAGAGACUCUCCAGAAUUUCUCAAACAUGACGCAGAUGUUGCAGCAGAAUCAGUUGAUCGUGCAGCAGAUCAGCACGCUCUCCAGCCUCAUGAUGAACCUCUCGUCCUGCGUCAACUUCAACCGCUACCACGGCUACAACUCCACUGAGGAACUGGACAAGCAGGCCGAGAAACUGUCCCAGAACCGCGAGCUCUAUGCCAGUGUCAUCUUCAAGCUGCCUAAAGGCGAUGUCUCCUCCUCAUCUUCUGGCCUGCCUCCUAAAGUAGACUACACAAUCCGCAUGCACAUUGACAACUCAAUGCGAACUGACCGCUCCCGAAACCCGUUCUGGGUGAAAUCCUCAUACAUCUCCCCGCUGAAGACGCAGCGCUACAUCCGUGGCUUCGCCUACCUGCAGGAGGGCAUUGAGAGGGCCAUCAUAGCAAUGCAAGCUGGGAAAGAGGUGCAGGAGCCCGCCGUGCAGGUCCAGGCCUUCCCAUACCCCUGCUUCUAUAAAGACGAGUACCUCAACAGCAUCUCUUUUGCUUUCCCGCUGGUGCUCAUGCUUGCCUGGGUGCUUUUCAUCGCCAACUUCGUAAAGAAGCUCGUCCAUGAGAGAGAGCUCCGGCUGCAUGAGUACAUGAAGAUGAUGGGUGUCAAUCCUGUUAGUCAUUUCUUCGCCUGGUUCAUCGAGAGCGCCGUGUUCCUCCUAAUGACCAUCAUCAUCCUCACUUUCAUUCUGAAGUAUGGCAAAGUGCUUCCAAACAGUGAUGCCUUCGUGAUCUUUCUCUACCUUUGUAACUACGGCCUGAGCAUCCUAGCCAUCAGCUUCCUUGUCAGCUCUUUCUUCGACAAGACCAACAUCGCAGGGCUGAGCGGCAGCCUUAUCUAUGUCAUCUGCUUCUUCCCCUUCAUUGUGGUCAUGUCCAUGGAGGAGACCAUGUCCUUCACCGGCAAGGCUGCACUGAGCCUGUUUUCUCCAACAUGCUUCAGUUAUGCGAGUCAGUACAUUUCCCGCUAUGAGAAACAGGAAGAAGGCAUCCAGUGGAGCAACAUGUACAUCUCUCCUGUGGCUGGAGACACCGCUUCAUUUGGUUGGCUCUGCUGGCUUCUCCUCAUCGACUCUGUAAUCUAUUUCCUCCUGGGCGCCUACAUCCGCAUGGUAUUCCCAGGUAAAUAUGGCAUACCAGCUCCAUGGUACUUCCCUGUGCUCCCAUCCUUCUGGACUGACCUAUUUGGCUGCUGCAACAGAGCGCCGAGGAAAGUUGGCAGAGGGCUGCUCUUCUCCAACAUGGUGCGGGACGUCCAGAAAAAGGGCAAAGGCAAAGGAAAAGAUGUGGGUGAUUUCCACGCUCAGGAAGAUGAGGAGUUCUCAGAGCUGCCAGUUGGUGUCUCACUGCAUGGCUUGACAAAGACUUAUGGCAGAAGGAAAGCCAUUGAAAACCUGAACCUGUCCUUCUAUGAGGGUCAUGUCACCUCACUGCUCGGCCACAAUGGAGCUGGAAAGACCACCACCAUGUCUCUCCUCACCGGCUUGUUUGCCCCUUCCUCUGGCUCAAUUGAGGUCUAUGGGAAAGACAUGCAGGCGUUUAUUGAUGAUGUACGGAAGGAGAUGGGUGUGUGUAUGCAGUACGAUGUUCUCUUCGACCACCUGACUGCUAAAGAGCACCUGUUGCUGUAUGGUCAGAUCAAAGCCCCCCACUGGACAAAGCACGAAAUGCGUCAACAAGUGCGCAGGAUUCUGGAGGAGACAGGAAUGUACGCCCAUCGUCACAAGCGUGUGGGGACGCUGUCAGGAGGCAUGAAGAGGAAGCUGUCCAUUUCCAUCGCUUUCAUCGGUGGCUCUCGUCUGGUGGUGCUGGAUGAACCUACAACGGGCGUGGACCCCUGCUCACGGCGAAGCAUCUGGGAAAUCAUCCUCCAGCAUAAGCAGGAACGCACAAUAAUACUGUCCACUCAUCACCUGGACGAGGCUGAGGUCCUCAGCGACCGCAUUGCUUUCUUGGAGCGUGGAGGCCUCAAGUGCUGCGGAUCCCCAUUCUACCUGAAAGACAAGCUGGCUAAGGGCUACAACCUCACCCUCACCAAGAAGGUUCAGCAACCUGAUUCUGAGGAGAAAUUUGACAGCGAGGAGGUGAAAGCUUUCAUCCUUUCACACAUGCCUGAGGCUCAACAGAAAGAGGGAGAGGUGGGAGAUGUGGUCUACUCUCUUCCUGCCUACAGCUCCCAGAAUGCAUUUGCCUACCGUUCACUGCUUACUGGCCUGGACAGAAACCUGGAUGCUCUACAGCUGGGCUGCUAUGGCAUAUCAGACACGACCCUAGAAGAGGUAUUCCUGCAGCUGACAAGAGAUGAUUUGGAGCCAGUGGAGGACAGGCCGUGUACCGUGUCCGAGUCAGUGCAGGAAAUGGCAGCUUCCAGAGACAGCCUGCAAGAUGAUGCCAACGGCAGCAUGUACUUGGGAGAGAAAGCCAGUCUAACAGGUAACUCCACGGUGAGCGGGUUCUCACUGGUGGCCCAGCAGGUGAUGGCCAUGAUAUUGAAACGUUUCCAUCACUGCAGGAGGGACUGGAAGGGCCUCAUCUCACAGGUCCUGCUCCCUGUGCUGUUCGUCAUCGCCGCUAUGGGCCUGGGUUCCAUUAAGAGUGACCUACAGUCCUUCCCUGAGAUGGAGCUUUCUCCAGCUCUGUAUGACACUGGCAAACAGUACGCCUUCUUCAGUAAUGAGAAUCCCAACUCCACAUACCUGGUGAAUACGAUGAUGUCAUUUCCAGGCAUUGACCACUUCUGCAUGGGAAACCCCGACAGCGAAGUGUGUCGCAGAAGAGGCAGCGCGGUAUCUGACGAAUGGACAUCCGGAGGUAAUGGCUCCUCUUGGUCUGGGAGCUGUAAGUGCAGCGACUAUUCACAGACCUGCCAGAAGCCUGGAUUUGAACCUCCUCAUAAAACCAACCCCUCGUCCCAAAUCGUCUACAACCUGACCGAUGUCAAUAUUGAGAACUACCUCUUGGCCACGGCUAAUGACUUCGUCAGAAACAGAUACGGAGGCUGGUCCUUUGGGAAGUCCCUUCCUAUUGACCUCCAAAUGGACAUUCUGGAGGUGCCCAUGAACAAGACCCUAACUAAGGUGUGGUACAACCCAGAAGGCCAUCACACCUUACCUGCCUACCUCAACAGCCUCAACAACUUUAUCCUGCGCUCUAACAUCCCAGCGGACCAACGUCAGAAAUACGCAAUCUCACUGUCCAGCCAUCCCUACCCCGGCCAGGUGGAAGAUGAGGAUGCCAUGGUCCGUGGCCUGGUCAAUGUUUUGGUUGCAUUGUGUGUCCUCACCGGCUACUCCAUUAUGACAGCCAGCUUUGUCAUCUACGAAGUUCAGGAGCACCACAACGGCUCCAAGAGGCUCCAGCACAUUUCGGGCAUCAGUGAACCCUUCUACUGGGUGGUCAACUUCUUCUAUGAUAUGGCUCUGUACAUGGUUCCUGUGGUUCUCUCUGUGAUCAUGAUCGCAGCCUUCCAGCUUCCAGCCUUCACUGAUCGUCUGAAUCUGGGAGCAGUCACGCUGCUGCUUGUGCUCUUUGGGUUUGCCACCUUCCCCUGGAUGUACCUCAUUUCAACCCUAUUCAAGGAUGCAGAGAUGGCCUUCAUCAGCUACGUCUGCAUCAACCUCUUCAUCAGUGUGAACACCAUCAUCUCCACUGCAAUAGUCUACUUCCUAGGGCAGCUCAAUCCGAAUGAUGAGAACAUCCAGGUGGUGUACCGCACCCUGAGCUACGUGUUCCUGAUCUUUCCCCAGUUCAGCUUCGGAAACGGACUGAUGGAGCUGGCCCGGGUGGACAUACAGGUUCAGAUCCUGAGUGUGUUCGGAGUGGACGCCUAUAAGAACCCCUUUGGCAUGGACGUGUUGGGCUGGAUGUUCGUCUCCCUGUUCCUGCAGGGCUUCCUCUGCUUCACUCUGCGGCUGCUGCUCAACAAGUGGCUCCUGCAGAAAGUUAGGCGGCUCUUCUGCCGGAGUAACUCAGUGCCUCAGACAAGAAGCUGGGACGAGGACGAGGAUGUUUUGGCUGAGCGCCAGCGUGUGGACAGUGGAGCGGCUAGUUCUGAUUUGCUGCAGGUCAGCCAGCUCACGAAAGUCUACCAGCAUCUGAACCGGAAAGUUGCGGCCGUUAAGAAGCUGUCUUUCGGCAUACCGGCGGGAGAGUGCUUUGGAUUGCUGGGUGUCAACGGAGCAGGAAAGACCACCACAUUCAAGAUGCUGACUGGAGAUGUCAGCCCUACAUGUGGCUCAGCGCAAGUCCUAGACUGGGACGGGAGAAUGGUUGACAUGAUAGACUGCAGGACAGAGGGCAUAAACAUCGGUUACUGCCCUCAAGUGGAUGCUCUGGAUGACUUGCUGACUGGAGAGGAGCAUCUGUACUUCUACGCCCGUAUCAGGGGCAUCGCCCAGAGGGAGAUUGAUGGGGUUGUGAACUAUCUGCUGAAGAAACUCGAGCUGAGCUACCACAGGCACGUCACCAGUGAGCGCUACAGCUGCGGAACACGCCGGAAACUUUCCACUGCCUUGGCUCUCAUUGGACAGCCUCAGCUCCUGCUGCUGGACGAGCCCAGCUCAGGAAUGGACCCCCGCUCUAAACGGCACCUCUGGAAGAUCAUCUCAGAGGAGGUGAAGGGAAAAUGUGCUGUGGUUCUGACAUCACACAGCAUGGAGGAGUGUGAGGCUUUGUGUUCUCGUCUGGCUAUAAUGGUGCAAGGCCAGUUCAGAUGUCUGGGCUCCCUACAGCACAUCAAGAACAGGUUUGGCAGUGGCUUCACGGUGAAGAUGUACCUGACUGCAGCCUCCUGUGAUGUAGAUCCAAUCACCAAGUUCAUGGAGCAGCAUUUUCCCAGCACUUACCUGAAGGAUCAUCACUCGUCUAUGCUGGAGUACCAUGUUCCUGUAGCUCCUGGAGGUGUGGCUGACAUCUUCGACCAGCUGGAGUCGAACAAAGCUGCUCUGAAGAUCAAACACUUCUCAGUGAGCCAGACCACGCUGGAUGAGGUCUUCAUUAACUUCGCUAUGGGAAAGGUUGGCACAGAAUCGCAGGAAGUCAGCGAGGCCUCUGACUCGGACAGUCUUGACACAUUCAGUACUGUUGACACAUAGGAAGACACUGGC